CAAACCGAGAAGAAGUCGAGCAUUUCAAACCUCAGACUUUAUUUCAUUUAAUACACUUUAUAUUUAACCUGUUUAAAACAGCGAAAUAUCCACAACGUCCAGGAGGCCUGAAGACAUGAUGGGCGGAGUGAAACAGGAGAGAGGAGAAGAAUGGCCAUCAUUCUACUCCGAACAGGUUUACUGUGGAACAGAGAGUCUGCGACUAUGCAGUGGGGCGUAUUCCUCUCCUGAGGAUCCUUACCACUGCUUCGGCCCACAGAGGGAAUCAGUGACAGGAGGAGAUGCAGGGAGACUUGAGGGCCCAUCAGGUGCCCCGGUCCAGCAGCCUCAACAGAGAUGCCCUGAGACGGAUCACAAUGGAUCAGAGUUUCCUGACCUGAAAUCUGUGUACCGGCGAACCUUCAACCACUCCAAGCCACCCUAUUCCUACAUCUCACUGAUCUACAUGGCCAUCCAACAGUCACCAACGAAGAAGCUCACUCUGAAUGAGAUCUAUGACUGGAUCCGCCAGCUCUUCCCUUACUACCGACAGAACCAGCAACGCUGGCAAAACUCCAUCCGCCACUCAUUGUCUUUCAACGACUGCUUUGUGAGGGUGCCCAGAUCCCCAGACUCUCCAGGAAAAGGUUCCUUCUGGACCCUGCACCCAGACUCAGGUAACAUGUUUGAGAACGGCUGCUACAUGCGUCGCCAGAAGCGUUUCCGGUGCUCAAGGGCAACAUCACCACCCUCAUCCAAAAACUCAUCCAAAAAAGUGGACGGGGAGCUGGUGAAAGAGGAGGGCAAGAAGAAGAAGUCGGAGGUUAAAGCUUCUAUCUCUUCAUCCAUUUCCCCUGCACCUGCACAGCUUCCUGUCUCAGUGGCCGUACCCCAAGCUAUGGAUUGUUCUCUAAUGCCAAAGUCACCCUCAGCUACCCCACCCCAACACACGCUGACCCCAUUUCCUCCCCCACUUACGGAUCCCUCUGCACACCUGCCCACCGUAUCAUUUCCCAGCAUGCCCACAGCCAGCCCUGGGCUUCAGCCCACCUCUUCCCGCCCCAUGGAGCCAUGUGCUCCUGGGGAACCCUUCUUCCACCAACCCCUCUCCAUGGCCCCGCUUAUGGACUUUCAGUGUUAUGAGGCUCCUAUGAGUUACCCUGUUUACUACCCAUCAUCAAACUCCAACCUUCAUCACUACAACCCAUAUCUCACAGGCAGAGAGGAACCCUCGUAUGCAGGAGACUCCAUGUACUAUUCUGGACUCAGCAUGUGUCCUGUGCCAGUUCUAAGCUCCUCCUGAAGUGUUGCUUUACCAGACUGUCUGAACUACACUCUUAAAAAUAAAGGUGCCAAAACGAUUCCAUUGAAGAACCACUUUUGGUACCAUA